CCGCGGCAGGUCACGGUGCCUCUGCCGGGCCAGUUGGUGCUGACGCCGACGCUGGCGAGCCCGGUGGCGCGGCACCAGGACGACGCCUUCCUCUUCCCCGUCGGCGCCGGCCCCGGGGCCUGGGCUCCCUGCGAGGGCAGCAGGCGCAGCGGCCUGCCAGAGGGCCGGCAGUCCCCGCCUGCCUCCCCGACGGUGGCACCCGGCCGCGCAAUCGCGAUGGCGCCGUCGGCUCUGCUCGGUGCGGCGCCCUCGAAGCUGCUGAGCUCCCGCAGGUCGCCGGAGGCCGGGCGCUUCCCCACCGAAGAGGCCCAUUGUGCUGGCGCUGGCGCUGGUGCGACGUCCCG